AACGACCACAUACUCGCCUGUUCGAUCGCCUUUCCUCGACAGGUUGACGCCCUUUCUCCUUUCGAAUUGCACAUAUUUCUCAUAGAUAACAAUACAGCCACGGGGUAUCCGAUCAUAUAUAUCCCUCUCCUCACGAACCGUGCUGUGCAGACCUUGUUACGAUCGAGCCCCUCUCGCACAGCUUGCCCCGCCUUCUUCCUUACCGAUCCGCAUCACCCACUAUGUCGCGCCAUCGCAUUAAAGCCGUUGGCUACGACGAUGAAGAGUUGGACGACUACGAUGACGACGGAUAUAACUCGGAAGAACAGGAAUUUGCCCAACAAUGUUCAGAGGAGGUGUUUAAACAGCUCCGCACGGGGGAUUCUCCGGUCACUGCGACGCGCGAAGAGGUCCAAGAAAGCUUGUGGCAUUACUAUAACGAUGUCGAAAAAACCGUGAACUAUAUACGAAACAAGAAGGCCAAGGAGACCAAGAAGAAGCAGAGCGCGCCGGCUCCGGUCGCAAAGGCAAAGGGCAGUAGUGCAGGCCCCAGUCCCGACGAUGUCGUCUUGAACGCACAGAGCUCAGCUAAAGGCUUCAAAUCGAAACAGUCUGCUGCCAAGUCGACAGGCGAUAAGAAAUCGACCGAUCUGGCGAGCGGCAUGGACAACCUGAGCGUUGUAGAAAAGGUGAACGUCAAGAGCAAGAACCUCGACGUUCUGUCGGAAUUUGAGAAGACGAAACGGAAGAGAGCUAUGAACUUUGCAGUGAUUGGUCACGUGGAUGCAGGAAAGAGUACACUGAUGGGACGCUUGCUAGCGGACCUCAAGGCGGUCGACCAACGCACGCUUGAUAAAUACCGCCGGGAAGCUGAGAAGAUCGGAAAGGGGUCGUUUGCUUUGGCUUGGGUGCUGGAUCAGGGGUCUGAGGAGCGCGCGCGCGGUGUGACGAUCGAUAUCGCGACGAACAACUUCGAGACGGAGAACACCGUGUUCACCAUUGUCGAUUCGCCCGGACACCGAGACUUUGUGCCGAACAUGAUCGCCGGCGCCAGUCAGGCCGACUUUGCCGUGCUCGUGAUCGAUGCGGGAACCGGCAACUACGAGGCGGGAUUGAAGGGGCAGACCAAGGAGCAUGCGUUACUGGUGCGCAGCAUGGGUGUGCAGAGGGUCAUCGUGGCGGUGAACAAGAUGGACUCGGUGGAGUGGAACAAAGACCGGUUCGAAGAGAUCGAACAGCAAGUGUCGUCCUUCCUGACCACCGCCGGGUUCCAGGCCAAGAACCUGUCCUUUGUGCCUUGCUCGGGGAUCAGCGGUGCCAACGUGACCCGACGGAGCGAGGACCCCCAGGUGUCGUGGUACACGGGCCGCACGGUGAUCGAGGAGCUGGAGGCCACCGAGCCGCACGCCCACGCGGUGGACAAGCCCCUCCGCAUGACGAUUGGCGACGUCUUCCGGGGUAGUGUGCAGAACCCGCUGUCCAUCUCGGGCCGCCUCGACGCCGGCAGUGUGCAGGUGGGCGACGUCAUCCUCACGAUGCCCAGCGGGGAGACGGCCACCAUCCGGAGUCUGGAGGUAGACGGGACGCCCCAGGACUGGGCUGUGGCCGGUCAGAACGUGGUCUUGAACCUGGCGAACAUCGAUCCCAUCCACCUGCGGACAGGCGAUGUGAUCUGCCGCGCGUCCGCGCCAAUCAAGAACAUCACCUCGUUCACCACCAAGGUGUUGGCGUUCGAGCACCUGAUGCCGAGCAUGGUCGACGUCCACCACGGACGGCUGCACGUGCCCGGGCGGAUCAGUAAGCUGGUGGCCACGCUGGACAAAGGGUCCGGCGCCGUGCUGAAGAAGAAGCCCAAGAUCAUCGCCCCGGGCACGGUGGCGCGGAUUGCGGUGGAGAUGGAUCAAGCCGUUCCCCUCGAGGCCCCGACCCGGAUUGUGCUGCGGGCUGGCGGCGACACGGUGGCCGCAGGGUUACUGGAAUAGUGUCCUUUAGACUAGUCGUGUGGAUCCAUUGAACAAAGAUGACAUCCCCCAUCUUCCUCUAGCUUGUAGAUUAUGGUUUAUUCCUCGCCGAUCUAGUGGACAUGCCAAGGAACCCAGCCUACUUCGAUCCACCGGGCGGUUGUGGCUGUGGACGGGAUGGUUCCAGUGGUUCAGAUGGGGAGGGAUAGUUCGAGAAUGGCGUCGAAGCAAG